AGUAGGGUUACUACAACCGAAAUUUAUAGUCAACUUCCUGGCUUAACUUGGAGCGUAUUUCCCUGUAUCUGAGAUUAAAUAUCUGAUAAGAUUACUCCACCAAGACUUGCUCAAGUAACGCAUUCCCUAAGGUAGUGUUGCAAUCUUAUCAGCUGCAGGUCCUAUUGGCCCUUUCAUCGCUAGGCCCUACAAGCUAUGCCUCAAUUGAACAGUAGCACGCGACCCGUUCACCAAGCACCAACCCGUGGUAAGAAUGAUGCGUAAACUCUACACCAUCUCCAAGAUGAUCCAGUACGAGCACACGUGGAUCGUUGAACCGAGCGCAUUCGAAGCACACUGUCCGCGUUGUGAGGUGCUGACCGGUGCUACCAAAUGGGAACUCAACUGCUGUACGGACGGUGUGCAAAGUGCAGGCGAUUAUGCGUAUUGUAGCAAGUGUGACGGUCCCUACGUGAAGCUCCUUUCCGACGAGAGUCAAGGUGUGAUUAUUGCAGUGCAUGAGGUAGGUAUGGGUCGGAGAGUGUUCCUCGAAAGAGAUACAUACACGCUGGAGCCGGCUGAUAAGCUUUCUUUGAUGGUAAAAGGUAGUCAGCACCCGUCUUAUGAAGCACGACUAAAGUAGCUUGGACUGCAAAAACUCAGCGAUAGACGCCUUGUAGCACAACAAAUGUUCGUUGGAGGUUUAUUAACAGGCAAAAAUCAACUGCUCUUCAAUACUCCAGCGAUUUGAAGUAUACUGCUCCAACGGCUCCAACUACGACCCCAUUACUUCUAUGAGCAGGGCAUUUGACCAAGUCCAUCAGCUCUUUGAUUUUUAAUCAAACACUAAUGUCAUAUAAAAAAACGUCUACACUCCAGUCUAUGAUUAAUGUAUGUAACCUAAACUAAGUGUUAAAUUAGGCAAAUUUAUCAGGACUUUACUGUCCAAUAAAUAAAGAAUAAUAAUGUGUAUGAUUUUGAGCAAACUGGGUGGUCUUUGUAUUUUAAAUUUGAAUUAAAUCGGAACGAAUUGCUACACAAAUAGAUGUAAAAUUUAGCAAAUCGCAUAUCUCCAAUUAUAGAUCUACUCGAAAAUCAAAAGGAUUGCAAGUAACAAACUAGAAUAGGUAGUAACUAGUGAGAUAGUAUUGUUAGAGUAACGAAGUACUGGUCGUCGCAAUCAAAUAAUUUAAAUUGAUAACAUUAAUUAGUUUCAAUAGCAUGCAACAUACACUAUGUACGUUUCUUUACUCGCUAGUUAUAGGUAGCGAGUAAACAGUUGCAAAACACUAAAACUAAACGGUCUUUGGGAGAAAUUUUAGAUUAAAAGUAAUAAAGUAAUAACAAAAGACAAAUAUUACUUAUUCCACAAACUUUUUUGUAACAAGUUAUAAACUUCUAAACAAGUUACCAAAGAUUAUUCCCAUUUAUUUUAGUGCUGCGUAUAAUGAAACCAAACAAAACAGGCUUCAGUCUGGUUCUACCUGACUUGUUUUCGUCAGCAUGCACGUUUUCACUCUUAUCAGUACAUUUAUUCCACUACACCUAGCCUCGCUCUGUACGCACGACAACGCCGGUUAGCUGCAGGUGUUGCAGCAGGUUCGUCGACAUGCGCACAUCAAUUGAUAACCGCUUGGAACAAAAACCCAGGGUCACAUCCGAACAUACCCCGCAGUAUAGCACGUCACUUACCCAGCU